AUGGAGGAAUCAUUGGAGAAUCUGAUUUCUUAUAUGGAAAUGGAAGAUGAAGAGAUGAAUCAAAGUAUCAACUCAUUUCAUGAGCAAGAGUUUCUCAAAGAUAUCAUCCUUGAGGACCCAGAAUGUGAACCCUUUUCUUAUCUUUGCUCAAAUGAAAUCCAUAACAACAGUUCAAAUUCCGCAGGAAAUAUUAAUACUGAAGGUGGUGUCACUAGCCCUACAAAUAGUAUUUUGUCCUUUGAUCACGAGAAUAUUGAAGCAAUCCACAAAAGUUUUAGUUCAAACUCGAUAAUUUCUUUGGAAAGAUCGUGUGUUGGAUCUCCAGCUACAUAUCUUUUAUCUUUCGAUAAUUCAAGUGUUGAACCGAUUACUGAACCAAUGUCAAAUAAAAGAAGUUUGAAGAAAGAUGAAAGAAAGGUGAAGGAAACAACAAAGAGGCUUAGAAGGUCUUGUGAGACAGUGCAAGAUCAUUUAAUGGCUGAGAGGAAAAGAAGAAGAGAAUUGACUGAGAGUAUUAUCACACUUUCAGCUAUGAUACCUGGCUUGAAAAAGAUGGACAAGUGCUAUGUACUCAGUGAAGCUGUGAGUUACACAAAACAGCUUCAAAAAAGAAUAAAAGAAUUGGAGAAUAAUCAAAACAAAGAUGAUACAGUAAAUCCAGAAAUAUACAAGUGGAAAUCUCAAUCUUCAUCAAAUAAAAAGAAGUACUCAGAAUCAGUGCUUGAGGUUGAAGCUAGAGUCAUGAAAAAGGAAGUGCUCAUUAGGAUUCACUGUGAGAAGAAAAAGGACUUAGUGCUCAAAAUACAUGAAAUGCUUGAAAACUUCAAUCUCACAAUAACCUCUAGUAGCAUAUUGCCAUUUGGUGCUUCAGUUCUUGUCAUUAACAUUUUUGCUCAGAUGGAUGAAGAAGACAGCAUGAGGAUGGAUGAGCUUGUGAAAAAUCUGAAAAAAUAUCUGUUGGAGGCAUGUGAGAGUCAUUAG